AUGCCUCAAGUGAGAAUCAUUGCAAAGAAUUUCAUGGACAUGGUAGCUUCUUUACCAGCCAUGAAACUCGACAGGCUUUAUCAAAACGCAUUCAUAUGCGAAGCCAUUCUCAGGUCGUUGCCGCCUUUAGCGAAGAAAUAUGUGGUGCAAAUGUUGUUUUUUGACGGCCCGAUAUCAGGUAAAUUGUUGGAGGAAUGGGUGCUUGCUGAUGGGGUUACGAAACAUAAAGUUGCUAUUGAUCGGUUGAUUCAGUUGAGAAUUUUCACUGAAGCUGUUGACAAGAAAAGGGAGAGUAGUUAUAAAUUAAACCAGACGUUUCAGGUUAAUCUACAAAAGCAUCUAACAAAUGGGGGAGUUUUGCCAAGAGAACCAAUGGCUUCAACUGUAAGACUCCCAAGCUUGGAGGAAUUGGAUACCUACGCACAUGAACAAUGGGAGGUGGGAAGUUCAUCUCUGUGUUUCCAUUAUCCAUCUCAUUUGCACUGUUCCGGCCAAGCAGAAAAGCCUACUAACUUGAGCUCAUCUAUGAUGAGAAUUUUCCAGCGGGGUCUUUUGACCCAGAGGGAUAAAGAUGCUCCAAGAUUAACUGAGGGUGGAUUUCAGUUUUUGCUGAUGGAUACAAAUGCACAAUUGUGGUACAUCAUCAGAGACUAUAUAUCUAAUUCUGAGGAGCGAGGUACUGAUCCUGCAGAUCUGAUUUCCUUUCUGCUGGAGCUUAGCUUUCAUGUCACUGGCGAGGCAUAUAAUAUGAAUACAUUGACUGAGAUUCAGAGGAAUGCUAUCAAGGAACUUGCAGACUUGGGAUUGGUUAAACUUCAGCAGGGAAGGAAAGAGAGUUGGUUUAUACCUACUAAAUUGGCUACCAAUCUUUCAGUGAGCUUAACAGAUUCAUCAUCACGGAAACAGUUUGCCAGUUCUUUAAUGAUUUUGGUUGGCAUGUUUUUCAUGGUGAUUGUUAUCAUGCAUGCCACUGGACAUGUUGUUGUAGAAACCAACUUUAGGAUAUAUGCAUACUCAUCAUCUAAGCUUCAUUGUGAAAUUCUACGUCUUUUCUCGAAGAUAGAAUAUCAACUUCCAAACCUUAUAGUUGGAGCAAUAACAAAAGAAAGUUUGUAUACAGCUUUUGACAAUGGCAUCACAGCAGACCAAAUAAUUUCUUUUCUUCAGCAGAAUGCUCAUCCUCGUGUGGCAGAGAGACUACCAUCAGUUCCUGAAAAUGUCACUGAUCAGAUUAGACUGUGGGAAGCAGAUCUGAACAGGGUUGAGAUGACCUCAUCUCAUCUCUAUGAUGAGUUCCCUUCUAGGGAUACAUUUGAGGCUGCAUGUGACUUUGCACGGGAGUGGAAUAGUUUGCUGUGGGAAGAUUCAAAGAAAAUGCGGCUUGUAGUGAAGGCAGAAAUUCACAUGAACAUGCGAGAGUUUCUUCGCGGUCAAAAGUAG